AUGGCUUGCGACAAGCUCCGCGUUGUUGGAAAUAAUGGUGAUGCAAUUAACAAAUUCAAACAGUACUUGCACAAGUGCUUUCACAUGAAAGACUUAGGGCGCCUGAAAUAUUUUUUGGGGGUUGAAGUUGCCCAAUCUUCCAAGGAAAUUUUUCUGUGCCAGCAAAAAUACGCCUUGGACAUCAUCACUGAAGCAGGUUCGCUGGCUGCAAAGCCCGCAGCUACUCCGUGUGAGGAAAAUCACUGGUUGGCAUUCGUUGUUGGCCCUGUUAUCUCUGAUCCUAGCAUGUAUCGCCGCCUCAUUGGAAGACUCAUGUAUUUGUGCUUCACCAGACCUGACCUUACCUAUAGUGUUCAUGUUUUGUCCCAGUUUAUGCAGAACCCACGUACUGAACAUUGGCACGCCGCUUUACGAGUUGUUCGGUAUCUGAAGGGACAUCCGGGGCAGGGCAUACUUCUACCUAAAGAAAAUGAUUUACAACUCGAUGGCUGGUGUCAUUCUGAUUGGGCUGGCUGUCUGCUAAUGCGCCGAUCUCUUACAGGGUGGUUCAUUCAAUUCGGUACCGCCCCUAUCUCAUGGAAAACACAGAAACAACAAAUGGUCUUCGCCUCUUCUGCUGAAGCUGAGUACCGCUCAAUGGCCAGACAACCAGGGAAUUAA